AUGUUUGGCAUCCCAAAGUUCUUUGGCUGGAGAGGGCGAGCCCUCAACUUAGCCAUUAGUUCUCUUGGCAGUCUUGAUUUCUUGCUCUUUGGAUAUGAUCAGGGUGUCACAGGUGGUCUACUGGACCUGCCGUCAUUUAUCAAAUAUUUCCCCGAUAUCGACCCCAAGGACCCAGCUCUCAUAAAUGACCCUGCUGCGCGAUCGCAGCGCAGCUUGAACCAAGGGAUUGCAGUGGCUUCUUACAAUUUGGGGUGCUUUCUUGGAGCCAUCUUGACCAUCUUUAUUGGAAAUCCGCUUGGCCGCCUGCCGACUUGGCAAUCGGAAUCAUCAAAGGCCCAUGAUCGUGGCAAGAUGGUUAUGAUUGAGGGUAUGCUCAUUACAGGAGGCAUUACUCUAAGUUACUGGAUCAACUACGGCUUUGCACAUAUCGGAGAAAAAGAGGUUGCAUGGCGUUUCCCGUUAGCUUUUCAGAUUAUCUUCGCUGUGGUGAUUUUCUGCUCUAUUCUCAACCUGCCGGAGUCCCCGCGAUGGCUUGUGAUGCAAGGCCGGGAUGAUGAGGCGUUAGAAAUCCUCGAGUGCCUACUUGAGAAGCCUCGCGAAGACCCCUAUAUCCAGAACGAAUUCAUAGCCAUCAAGGCCACCGUGGAGGAAAUGUCGAAGGGCUCCUAUAGAAGCCUGUUCCAUAUGACUGAAUACCGUGAAUUCCAUAGGGUUAUGCUUGCCUACAUCAACCAGAUGUUCCAGCAGAUCUCUGGAAUUAAUCUCAUCACUUACUAUGCUCCUUCACUAUAUAGUCAGAUCGGCCUUGGUCAAGGCCAGCUACCAAAGCUGUUAGCCGCUUGUAACGGCACAGAAUAUCUGAUGGCUGCAUUUAUCCCUAUUUUCAUCAUUGAAAAGUUGGACGACGCUGCUGGCAUGUCGGUUUCUAUGGCCAUCCUGGCUGGUACCAACUAUCGGUUGACUCAUCUAAACGACAGCCAAGCCGGUAUUGGACAGGCCGUAUUCCUUUUUGUAUUCAACACCUUCUUCGCCAUCGGCUGGCUUGGGAUGACCUGGCUGUAUCCGGCAGAGAUCGUGCCGUUGCGAAUCCGUGCGCCGACGAACGCGCUGUCAACUAGUGCUAACUGGAUUUUCAACUUCAUGGUUGUGAUGAUCACUCCUGUUGCAUUUGAAAAUAUCGGAUACAAGACCUAUAUCAUCUUCGCUGUCAUAAACGCGUUUAUCUUCCCGGUUGUGUACUUCUUCUUCCCGGAAACCCGCUACCGUUCCCUGGAGGAAAUGGACAACAUAUUUAAGAAGUCGACAAGCAUUUUUGAUGCCGCACCAAUCUCGCUCAAAGAACCCUACCGCUACGACAAACAUGGACAACUUAAACCCGAGUACCUCGAGGACGCCAUUCGUCGCGGGAGCGAUUUUGUGCACAACGCCGGCGAGAAAAUGGACAGUGAUGAGAGUGCGAAUGAGGUGAAGGCUUGA